AAUACAACCACAACCCAACUAUCCUAUCUGCCUACAACAAUCAAGCAAUCGGUCAAUCGUUGCUGGUCAGAUUUCUCUGCAAAGAAGAGACGUGCCCGAAUAUUCCAGCUCUUUCCGCACGGAACGGGAAAUCCAGAAUACUUUCCCCCCUAAAAUAAACAAGAAGAAAAGGAAGAAAAAUAAAAUAAAAUAAAACGCCGAGAAGCCGCUUGAAAAUCUCCAUUGAACUAAAACCUAAAGAAGGGGAGAAAAUAGGAGAAAAGGCCCAAAAGACAACAACAGAAGCCCUGCCCCUCCUUGUUUUCAAGAGAAAUCAACGCUUCCACCCGUCCUUCCCUUCUCGCUACGGUCCCUCCCACAAGGAACAAAUCGCCAAGGGGUUUUUCUUUCUUUUUUGAGGAAAUCAAAAUAUUAUAUCAAUCAAAGCCUUGUCCGCUCCUCUUUGUUCCGCUCUCUACAACGCAGAUAGAAGCAGGAAGUGUGGAUUUAGGAGCAAAAACAACGAGUUUCGACUUUCGAUAUUUCCUAAUUCCUAGGUCCUCUUCCGCCACGAAUUUCUUUUGAACACUUUUUUUUUUAGAGAAAAAGUCCUUCCCUUUACCUCACAUCAUUUCUGCACCAUAUAAAGCGAGCAGCAUAUAUUGUCAUCAUGAGUGUCGUUGGCAUAGAUUUCGGUUCUCAAUCGACGAAGAUCGGCGUUGCUAGGAAUAAGGGGAUCGAUAUUAUCACGAAUGAAGUCUCUAAUCGGUCUACACCAUCCCUAGUUGGGUUCGGCCCCAAGAGUAGAUACAUCGGUGAGGCCGCUAAGACACAAGAGAUCUCCAACCUGAAGAACACCGUCGGCACCCUGAGACGUCUGGCUGGCCGUUCUUUCAAGGACCCCGAUGUCCAGGUCGAGCAGGACUAUAAUACUGCCACCUUAAUCGAUAUCAAUGGUGAAGCUGGCGCUGAGGUGUCCUAUCUGGGCAAGAAAGAACAGUUUACUGCUACCCAGCUAGUGGCUAUGUUUCUGACCAAAAUUAAAACAACCGUCGCUUCUGAACUGAAGCUCCCCGUCGCAGACGUUGUGUUAAGCGUACCUCCGUGGUUCACGGAUGCCCAGCGCCGGAGUCUACUAGAUGCUAGCGAAAUUGCCGGUUUGACAUGUCUGCGCCUCAUCAAUGACUCCACUGCUAUUGCUCUCGGUUGGGGUAUCACGAAAUUCGACCUACCUUCUGCUGAGGAGAAGCCCAGGCGGGUUGCCUUUGUUGAUAUCGGACAUAGCGACUACACUUGCUCCAUUGUUGAGUUCCGCAAGGGAGAACUAAACGUCAAGGCCACGACAUAUGACCGCCAUUUUGGAGGCCGUAACUUCGAUAAAGCUUUGGUCGACCAUUUCGCCAAGGAAUUUAAAGAAAAGUUCAAGAUUGAUAUCAGGACUAACCUGAAGGCGUGGACCCGGACUCUAGCUGCUGCGGAGAAGCUAAAGAAGAUCCUCUCCGCAAAUGCCUCCGCACCCAUGAGCAUUGAGUCCUUGAUGGACGACGUCGAUGUCCGCAGCUUCGUCAAGCGCGAAGAACUCGAAGCAAUGAUCCAGCCCCUUUUGGAUCGUGUCACCGUACCUCUCGAGCAGGCCCUUGCCGAGGCGAAGCUAAAACCAGAAGAUAUCGAUUCCAUCGAAAUGGUAGGCGGCUGCACCCGUAUCCCCAUCAUCAAAGAGAAGAUCAGCGAGUUCUUUGGCAAACCGCUCUCCUUCACGCUCAACCAGGACGAAGCUGUUGCCCGCGGCUGUGCCUUCAGCUGUGCUACUCUCUCUCCCGUAUUCCGCGUUCGCGACUUCUCCGUCCACGACAUCGUGAACUAUCCCAUCGAGUUCACGUGGGAGCAGGCCCCCGAAAUCCCCGAUGAGGCCACCUCUUUGACCGUUUUCAACAAAGGCAACGUUAUGCCAUCGACCAAGAUUCUCACUUUCUAUCGCAAGCAACCGUUCGAUAUCGAGGCGCGAUAUGCAAAGCCGGAGGGAUUGCCUGGCAAGGCAAACCCGUGGAUCGGCCGUUUCUCCGUCAAAGGUGUGACACCAAACCCCGACGGCGAUUUUGCUACCUGCAAAUUGCGAGCUAGGCUCAACCUGCAUGGUAUCCUCAAUAUCGAAUCUGGAUAUUACGUGGAAGACGUGGAAGUCGAAGAACCAAUUCCAGAGAAAGAAGGCGAAAAAAACGUGUUUUCUAACAUGAGAAAACUCUGGAAACAGGCCAUGGAUACGGAUGCGCCCAACGGCGAGGCCGCAGAGGCUAAGCCCAAGAUGCGCAAGGUCAAAAAACAGGUGCGCAAGGGUGACCUCCCCAUCUCGUCCGGCACUGCAGGCCUCGACGACUGGCUCUACGAGGACGGCGAAGACACCACCAAAGCCGUUUACAUCGCCAAAAUGGAUGAGAUCCGCUUCGUCGCGGGCCCCAUUAUUCAGCGCCACGCGGACAAAGUCGAAGCUGAGCGCAUGGCUGCCCAGAAGGCGCAAGAAGAGGCGGCUGCGAAGAAACGCGCGGAACAGGAGGCGGCCAAGAAGAACGCAGCGCCUGCAGCAGCUGAUACGGAGAUGAAGGAUGCGGACUCCGCGUCUCCUGGGGCCGGGGAUGAGCCAAUGCCAGAAGUUGAGGAGGCUUCGUGA